AUGACUCGCUCGCUUCUCUUACAGCGCCUACAGUCGGUCACCGACCAGCAACCUCCGAGCCAGCCGCCCAGCAGACCGCCUGACCUGCCGGCGGAAGCCGCACAGAGGGCGGAGGCUGCCCGCCGCGCAGGUGGCCCUGCGGCAGCAACGGCGCAACGAAGGGAAGCAGUCGCAGCCAGAAGGACUGCUGGGGGAGCGGGUGAAAGGGAAGGGCGAGCGGAGGAGCAGCGCGGUGGUGUGCGGUUGGAGUCGGUUCCGGCCACCAACGCCCGUGUCGCCCGACCUGCCCUUCCCCCCUACGCCUUCCCCUCGCCCACCCCCCACUCUUCCGCCCUUGGUCUCCCCGUGCCCCCCCUGCACGCGAGCACGGGCACAGGCCUGGGGUUGGGCGUGCGGGUGGAGCAGGUGUGGAGAGGUAGCAGCCACGAGAGCGGCAGGGGCAGGGUGCGGGCGUUGUGGGACGACCAGCAGACAAUAACACUUCUGAAGAUCAUGCGCGGCGUGCUGCGCGCUCAGGGCAGCGCCCUCCCCGGCAGGAUCGAGGACUGGGGGGCGGUGCACCGCGAGUGGUUGCGGCAAGGAUCCCUGCGGGGGUACCCCAGGUAUUCGGAGGAGCAGCUGAGAAUCCGAUGCCGGGUGGUGCGCGGGUGGGUGAAGGACAUUCAGGCCCUGCAGGCAAUGCUGCCGCCUGGAGUUGAAUGGGACCCUGCCACUCAGUACUUUGAUCCCGACCCCAAGCCCACCCUCCUCUGCUUCCACCUCACCAAAGCCCCAUGCGCUGAAGCCCACUCACUUUCUCUCUCCCUUUCCUUUCUCGCUGUUCCUUACCCCAUUUCCCCAUCCCCCACCCCCACACUCUCCCCUCCCUGCCUCUCCUCUCCUCUCUCCGCGCCAUCUGCGCAUCCUACCUCAGCCAAGGCAGCACCGGUUGUGGCGGCACUUUCUGUGCUGGGCAUCAUGCCGAAGCUGAGGCAGGACCCGCAGUGGCGGGGCUACAGCCGGUGGUGCAGCCACGUGGCGCCCUGGCUGCCCCUCGCUCUGCUCUCCACCCAUACUUGCCCUGCUGAGAACGUGCAAGGGGAGGUGCAGUGGGGGGAUGAGGAGGAUGAUUGGGAGGAGGAGGAUGAUGAUUGGGAGGAGGAAGAGGGAGAUGGAGGGGAACAGGGUGAGGAUGAGGAAGAGGGAGACGAUGGGGAGGAGGAGGAUGAUGAAGUGGUGGAGGUGCGGGCAGGAGGGAGGGGGAAUGGGGAGGCAGAGGGGGACGAAUUUGAGGAGGUGGAGGGGGGAGAGAGGGUGGUAGAAGUGGAGGAGGUGGAAAGGGGGGAGAGAUGGGGCAAUGCGGGGCGACAGGGGGGUGGGGCAGGGAGGCUUGAGAGGCGAGAAGGAGGCGGGGUGUGGAGUCGGAGGAUCAGAGGAGGGGAGAUAGGAGGGGUGAGUGGAGGGGGUUGGAGAGGUGGAGAGUGGAAUGGUGAUGAGUGGUGGGGAACGAGGAGGGGAAAUGCGGGGCGCCAGGCUGGAGAAGGGGGAGGUGUGAGGAGCAGAGGAGGGGGAGAGGGUGCGGGUGGGAGAGGGAUUGGGAGUGAUGGUGUUGGUGUUGCACAGGGGAAUGGCGGGUUUGACCCUCCAGCUGGCGCACCGCGGGCCAAUGGCAUGCAUCAUGCUGAGGUGGCACGAAACAAUGUCACUUUUGCUGAUGGUGCUCGUGCUGACACGGUUCGUGCUGAUGUGGCCCGUGAUGCUGACGUGGCUGGUGCAAGCGCAGAUGAGAGGGACGAGUACCCUGCGAGGCUGGCAGCGCGGAUCGCUGGCAUGGUGGCGAGCAGGAGGGAGCAAGGCGGCACAGAGAGGCUCGGGGCUAGGGAGAGGAAGCGCCAGCGGCGGGUGAUGGAGAGUGUGGCGCGUGCCCUCACCACGUUCAGGAGCAUGGCGGAGAAGGGGCAGCCGCACGUGCACCGAGACGCGGUGGCGGACAGUGUGUUCAAGUCGGUGCAGGACGUGCAGGCCCUCCCAUCUCUGACGGACGUGCAGCGAGUGGCGGCCAUCGACGCCUUCCUGCAGCGCCCCCUCGACGCCCACGCCUUCCAGGCCAUGAGCCCUGCCCUGCAGACCCUCUUCGCCCGCCGCGCCCACGCCCACGCCGUCGACCGCCAGCUGGCCGGGAUUCAAGCUGCCGCUGCUGCUGGGGGGAAUGCUGGGUUGGUAGACCAGCAGCUUGCAGGUCUGUCGGGUGUGACUGCAGGUGUCGGUGUGGUUGGUGGGGGAGGGGGGACGGGGGUAUUUGGUGGGGGUGUGGGGGGAAUGGGUGCUGGAGGAGUGGGAAUGGGAGGGGCUGAGGUGGGGGCAACGGGUUUGGGGGCAACUGGAGUGAGGGGGACGGGAACAGCGGGGGCUAGAACAGCAGGGGUGGGAUCAACGAGGGUGGGUAUGGGGGUUACAGCGAUGGGCGGGACAGUAGCAGGGGGAACGAGGAUGGGGGAAACGCGUACGGGAGUAAUGGGAAUGGCAGGAACGCGGAUGGGGGAAACAGGUUUUGGUUGGAGGGGAUUGGGGACGGUUGGGCAAACGGGGGCAGUGGGAGGGAUGGCAGGAGGUGGGGGUGGGGGUGUGGGAAUGGCAGCAGCAGCAGCAGCAGCAGCCUCAGCAGGUGGAGCAAGGGGUUUACAAGGUGUGGGGGAGGGUGGAGGAGGAGGAAGACGGGUUGGUCGAAGAGGAGGGGUAGGAGGGGCAGGAGGAGCAGGAGCAGGUGGGUUGGGCGGUACAGGUGGGGUGGGUACAGGAGAGGCGGGCAGCAUGGCAGGCAGCAUGGCAGGACUGGAGCUGCUGGGGCAUCGCGUGCAGGAGUUGGUGCGAGAGAGCCUGGGAGCAGUCAAUGCUGGUCAACAGAUGGCCAGCACAGGUCAAUAUGCAGUCAAUGCUGGUCAAGGGGGGGUGGUUGACGUUCCAGUGGUGGUCAAUGGGAUUCAGUGCGAGUGCCCUGAGUGUGUGGCUGUUAGAAUGUCGGCCAGAAUGCGUCAAGGCACAGUCAACGUGAGUCAAGAUGCAGUCAAUGCGAGUCAACCAGUGCUCAAUGCAGGUCCAGCACUGGUCAACGCGGGUCAAGCAGCAGUCAACGUGAGUCAACCAGUGGUCAAUGCGGAUCCAAGUAGGGGAGUGGCAGCGAAUCAGGUGGAGACAGCUGUCGGCCAGCCAGGGUUGGGUGCAGGUCAUGUGAGAGGAGCUGCUGUGCUACAGACAAGAAAUGCUGGUCAAGCACCAGACAACGCUGGUCAAGCACCAGUCAACGCUGGUCAAGCACCAGUCAACGAUGGUCAAGCACCAGAGGGGGAGGAGGGGGGGGGAGGAGGAGGGGAAGGAGGGGUUUGGAGGGAAGCAGCAAUCGUGGGGCUGCCAUUGGUGGAGCGGCUGCUGCAGGGCCAGGCGAGGGAAAGAAGCAAUGCUGUGGCGAGGGGACAGGGGGAGGACAGCGGGCAGAGGGGGGAGCAGGGAGAGGAGCAGGGAGGGGAGCAGGGAGGAGAGGCGAGAGGGGAGCAUGGAGGGGAGCAAGGAGGGGAACAGGGAGGGGAGCAGAGAGUGGGGACGGUGAGUGUGCCGGGGGGCAGCGGCAGCGGAGGGGGGGUGUUCACGCUGUCGCACCGCUGUGUGGCGGACGGGCCGGCAGGGCAGUGCAGCCUGUGCAGCAUCGUGGCUGACCUCAUCAAAGAGCUGGGGGGAGGCGCUGCUGGGGGAGGGGGUGCUGCUGACCUCGUCAAAGAGCUGGGGGCGCCUGCCGAUGAGGGGGGACAGGGCAAGGAGCUGGGCGCACCUGGCGAUGUGGCGCGCGGUGAGGGCGAGGUGGGGGGUGAUGGGAGAGAGAUGCGCACUGGGGGCGAGGUGGGGGGCACUGAGGGUGAGAUGUCCGGCCCGAGAGGGGAGGAGGGCGGGAAUGCUGUUGGAGGGGCGAACGGGGCAGACAGGGCGGUUGUGGGGGAGAGGGGUGUGGCGGGAAGGGUGAGGGCAGAGGAGGGUGGUGAGGGAAGGGGCGAUGGAAGUGAAGAAGCAGUCAAUGAUGGUCAAGGGGCAGUCAAUGCUAGUCAAGGGUUGGGUAUGUUUGGAGCGGAAGAGUUAAACCUUUCAGGCCAAAAUGUGAGAGCUGGAUGGGAUAUGCGUGAGGAGGAGUUAUCUGAGGGGACAGGAACUAUAUGUGUGAGGGACGAUGGUGUUAUUGUGUUCGAGGGGGGAGAUUUGAGUAUGGGUGAGGAAGGGGAUGUGACUAUGGGGGAAGGGGAUGUGACUAUGGGGGAAGGGGAUGUGACUAUGGGGGAAGGGGAUGUGGCUAUGGGGGAAGGGGAUGUGCCUAUGGGGGAAGGGGAUGCAACUGUGCGGGGAAAGGACUCAAGCGGUAAGGAAGGAGAGACACGUGGGAAGGAAGGAGAGACGAAUGGGAAGGAAGGAGAGAUGAGUGGGAAGGAAGGAGAGAUGAGUGGGAAGGAAGGAGGGAUGAGUGGGAAGGAGGGGGGGACAAGAGGGAAGGUUGGGGAGACUGGUGAGAAGGAGAGAGAGGCAAGUGGGGAGGGAGAGAAGAGUGGGAAGGAGGGAGAGACGAAUGGGAAGGAGGGAAAGGCAUUCGGGAAGGAGGGAGAGACGAGUAGAAGGGAGGGCGAGGCGAGUGGGAAGGAGGGAGAGACAAUGAUUGGGAAAGAGGGAGAGACAAGUGGGAAGGAGGAGGCGAGUGGGAAGGAGGGAGAGACGAGUGGGAAGGAGGGAGAGACGAUUGGGAAAGAAGGAGAGGCAUGCGGGAAGGAGGGAGAGACGAGUGGGAAAGAGGGAGAGACGAGUGAAAGGGAGGGAGAGGCGAGUGGGAAGGAGGGAGAGACGAGUGGGAAAGAGGAAGAGACGAGUGGGAAGGAGGGAGAGGCGAUUGGGAAAGAAGGAGAGGCAUGCGGGAAGGAGGGAGAGACGAGUGGGAAAGAGGGAGAGACGAGUGGGAAGGAGGAGGCGAGUGGGAAGGAGGGAGAGACGAGUAGGAAGGAGGGAGAGACGAGUGGGAAGGAGGGAGAGACGAGUGGAAUGGAGGGAGAGACGAGUGGGAAGGAGGGAGAGACGAGUGGGAAGGAGGAGGCAGGUGGGAAGGAGGGAGAGACGAGUGGAAACGAGGGAGAAACGAGUGGGAAGGAGGGAGAAACGAGUUGGAAGGAGGGAGAGACGAGUGGAAAGGAGGGAGAGACGAGUGUAAAGGAGGGAGAGACAAGUGGGAAGGUUGGAGAGACAAGUGGGAAGGAGGGAGUGACGAGUGGGAAGGAGAGAGAGACGAGUGGGAAGGAGGGAGGGACGAGUGGAAUGCAGGGAGAGACGAGUGGGAAGGAGGGGGUCAAGACUGUGGGGAAAAUCGAUAUGACUGCAAAGGAAGGAGAAAAUGAUGGAGAUGGGUGA